AGGGUGCUUUCCCGAAGCGCUGCGACACAAAGAAGAAUCACAAGCUACACCGCACUUCCUUAUAGGCAAAAAGAAUGGUAACGAGGCAUUCAACGCAUUGUGAGAAUACUCCUUAAAUACAAACAAAAGCACAAAUAACGAAGGGCCCCGUGCUGUGGAGCUUUGAUUUGCGUUUUGUUUUCUUCUUUCUUUUCCCCCAAGUUGACGGGAUAGUUCUCCACUGCUCCAAUUGGAUUUCACGCACAUUCCACCGUUCCACUGACCUUGACUAUUUAAAAUUUUUGUUACCUUCCUCACAGGGUUCUAGACUUCCUUAGAUUUGCUUAGAUGAUACACAUUUUUUCUCACUAUAUUGUCUUUAUAUCUUUCUUUCUUCUUUUUUGAAUAUUUAUUGCAGUCACUCUUUGCGACAAGCCUACCCGUUGAAUUCAAGACGUCUAGUUGAUAUACAUAUUAGUUCUCCCCCUCCCCCCCCCCCACUGCACCUUUGGAGCUGCCUACAUUGCAAUGCCUUCCCGUGUCUUUACUCGUAAGCAAGUACUGGACGCACUUUCCGACGCGGCAGUACGGCAGGAGCAGUCGGCAAUCCCCGACUUCAUCUACCUAUUUCUCCGCGACGUCUUUUACGCUGUGGACGUGGACGGCGACGGCUACGUGACGGCGGAUGCCGUGGAAAACUCGCUGCCGUCUUUAUCCUUCGCCAAGGCCACGACAACAUCGUCGUCCGGCGCGACAGCGACGCCCGUUUCUCCAAAGGACAUCCGCUGCUGUAACGAGGCGCAUCGCUCAUUCAUGACACCCGGCGUGCCGCAGACGUGGAGCAGCCCGACUUCUUUCACAACGCUGCGCCACGCCGACCACGCGCUGCGUCCGCUUGACUUGUGUGGCUUCAUGCAGACUUACUGGCCUCUCGUAAGCGAUAAGAUGGCCCGCUUGGUGGACGAAACGUGGAGUCAGCAGAGCAGCGGAAGCGAGAGCGACACCGAGCACGAGGUGGGCGGCAGUGAAGGCAAGGACAGCCGUGUGCGCCAUACAAGUCGCCGGACCAACUUUUCACCAUCGCCCUUUCGAGGUCUAUCGAUGUCGCCCCCUCAUGCCGAAACGGAAAGUAUCGCUGCUGACGUUUUUCACUCCGCGUCGACUUCCACAACGCCGCAUUACUCCACCGGCACGGACAUCGGGUGGGAGCAGCAGCGUCUCUACCAGGUGGCGGUAAAUCAGCUGUGGGGCAAGACACACGACACACCGCUGGUCAGCAGCCGGCGUCCCUCUCUGUUCACACCUAUUCCCCUACCUCAACAACACGACUUCUCCCCCUUUGCACCCCCUCAGCGCCUGCUUUCGGAUGAGGAGGUCGAGCAGCUUCAAAUUGCCUUUUCUUUCUUGGACAAAAACGGCAGCGGAUUUAUUUCGUCGAGCGAGGUUGCGGAGGUACUGCAGUCUUUGUUGGACCGGGCAGCCGCGUGCAGCAGGGAGAGGGGCAGCAGCGCGGCGGGGUGCGGCGUACGCAGCGAUGUGAAGGACGCUGCAGCUGCCAUGCUGCGCCUGGCGUUGUCCUCCACAAUGCGUUCGAUUGAGGCUGCUGCUGGUGGUGGUGCACGUGUGGACUGCGUUCCCCUACCUCGUUUGAGUUCUCCCUCUUCUUCCGUUUCUACAGAUGGUCGCUGUGUGUCUCUGCCUGCUUUUAUUCGGUCCUUCCAGUGCGACAGCGGCGCCUUUCCUGCGGAGCUCGUUGCGUGGUGUGUGAACUGCAGUGCCGCUUUGAGAGGAGAAGGCAGCACUUCACUAUCGUCUCUCCAGUAUUCACCCCGACUCGCUCACUCGAUCCAGUGGAUGUCGCCGUUAGAAUGUGCGCUUGUGCAGCGAACACUCGCGCGUUACGCAGAGCACAUCAGCGCGUGCCUGUCGGGGGCGAAGGACAAAGCAGCAGUGACGAAGAGCGAUAACAAGGGUAGUGGCGAUGGUAAAACUUUUGUUGCGCAUUCCGGUAAAGGCACAUCCAGUGGCCUCUCACAGCGACCGACGGUCAACGUGCGAGGUGCAGCAAGCUCGGUGCGCAGUCCAGCAUCCAAGAGCCCCGGCUGCGACGCCGCGCUCUCGAGGAAUGUCGUUUCAGUCAAUGAGACAGGAAUUGAGAGAAUUGCACAGUGGUGUAGCUGCCUCCGCUCUUCCUCUUGCUUUUCUUCUCCGAGUGGACCCACCGUCAACAGCGAAGGCAGCGUUACAGGUGCAGCAGUGCUUCCGUUGACGGUGCUGCAGGCGUCGCUACUCAGUGAUGCGCGCAACGCCCUUUUCUCCGACAUCUUUGAUUUCUCCGUGGCUGAGGGCACCGCUGCAGAGGCCGUGCUGUGGAACCACGUCGAGGCGGUGUGCUCGCUGGCCCGUCGCAGUGCAGCGGUCGAAGUGCCCCCCUCCUCCCCUGAAGAGAUGUCCUUGAAGGCGGAGGGUCACGGCACCACUGCGGCGGCGUCAGCGUCCUGCACUGAAGCGCCGCUGACGUUGGUGGAUGUGGAAAGGCUGGCCGAGGUGAUCUUGACGGAUCCUCGCUACCUUAACUUGGAGGUGCUCGUGCCACUCUCUACGCGCUUGGAGGCUGUCGUUGACGCCGCGCAGCGCCUGCCGCGCCGCUGUGUUGAGCAAGCAGUCCAGGCCGUAGGCGAUCAUCUCCUCUCUUACCACAGGAAUCGCACCAGUGCGGAGGGGCAGCAUCGUACUGCACCUGCUUCUGCGCUGACGCACCUCCUCGAGCUUCGACGCCGCCUCAUGACGAUUUCGCCGCCCCUCGCGCGUCUCAUCACCGGAGCCACCCGCUUUGUAGACGGCACGCUGACGUUGCACGACUGCUUGGCGGUGCUCUCGACGCAAACCCUGUCCGUGCCGCCCCCAAGGUGGCCCGCCGUGCGUCCUGUAUCAACUACACGGCCCGGAGUAGCAACGUCACAAAGCCCAACAGAACAGACGAGGAUGCUGCCGGCGUCGGAAAUGUGUGCGGCGCUGCUGGAGCACGGAGACAUUCUAAAGGCAUCGCGUGGUUGGCUGCGCUACGCGUGUCGUCGCCUCUUGCCCCAGGAACGACAGGACAUCCUUUCUGCGCUGCGGCACAACAUUGAAGCGCACCUGUACGAGACGGCGUGUGUCGUGGUGGCUGCUCGCGCAUCACCUGCACAGCGAGCGCAACCGCAGUGUUUGCACGACGACUACGCUGUCUUUUUCGAGCGCGUCUAUUCGAGUUGCUGGACGUGUCGCGUGGACCUGGUUGUAGCGGCACACGUGGCGCUUAUCCUGCUGGCUUCCGCGUGCGCUGCGCCUGAGAAAGUUAUGCUAGAAGAGGCACAGUGGUGGCGUCAUGUGGAGUCAAGUCUGGAGGAGUGGGUCGGGGGGCAGCAGGCAGCGGAGCAAGGGUCAGCGGAGGAAAGGUGCACCGUCGACACGUGGGCCAUGGCAGCUUUUUCCAGCACGUCGGCAGAAAUCGGCGUAGCUGCCUGCCGGUCCAUUAGUAGAAAUUUGUGCCAGCUGCGUAGCGAGGCACAUGGCUUCUCUCACUCUGUCGUCGUAAAGGAGGAAGCGCUGACGUUCGUUCUACGCAGUAUCAUAGAGUGUGAAAGUCUGUGGGCUUGUUCUUCUCCCCCCAUCGCCGCUGCGCUCACCGCGCAUGACGCCUGUACACGGCUCGUCAACACCCUUGUCGGGUGCUGCCCCAGCCGCGCCGGCGCAUUAGUUGACAUCACCCAACUGCUGCGUCGGUGGCUAGAAGUGUACCCUCUACCGUUGCCCGCCAAGUAUCUUUCGCUGUGCUGUCCCGUGGAGGAGGUGGAAUCAGUCUACUACACGUUGAAGCGGCUUGCCGCGUCGGAGGCCAGCCAACGGUGCCGCAGCGAGAGCCCGCGGAGCCGGGUUGCUGCGGUGCGGUGGGCAGGAGACGCACACGGCAAUGCAGAGACGCCGGCGACCGCCGCCCAACCCGUUGUACCACGACCGGCGGCGGUCAAGGUGGUGACGGGCAUCACGCCGAUCUGUCUCGCGGAGCUUCUCCAGAACGACGCCGUGCUUGCCGCAUUGUACGCGGUUAGCCCUCCGAGGGCUCUCGGAUUGUGGAGUGGAUCGCUCUGUCAUCUCGAGACGGUGCUGCGACCCCUCCUUUUGAGCGCGACAGGCGUGCGCGUGUCUCUUUGCAAGUUGCACGAGGUCCUCGUAACGGCGGACGAGAAAGCGGCGGAGUUCAGGAGCUCAGCUGCGGCAAAAGGAAAGCAGCUCUCGUCAACCACCUCUUCGAUCGGAGGUGGUGCGCUAAUGGAAUCCACGUGCAGCAGAUGGUCGAAUCAGGAUGUCCUGGUCGCCAUGGCGAUUCCGCCCGUCGUGCAACACGCGAUGAUGCAACUGUUUCAUCUCGUCGAUGCAGACAGGACAGGUGUGGUGACGGAGGAUCAGCUGCGCAGCUAUCGUCCGCACGUGCCUGCCACGGCGCGUUACGGCUGGCAUCGCUUCGUGACGAUGCUGUGCUGCAGCUCGAUGACGUCGUCGCCCACGUCGCGAGCGGGUGGCUUUUCUAUCGGCGUUUUGCACUCGCACUGCUGGCGGCGUCGCGGGGUAAGCAAGGAGCAAGACGAUGCGGAGAGAGAGACGUCGGUAUCAUCUGUGGCCACGCGGCGCACGGAUGACGCGGCGGCCACGUACACGUUUGGCGAUUUGUUUGCUCGCGUAGGGGAGCUGCGGGCGUGUGUGCAGGCGCAGUUGCUGGAGGAGAAGAAAGAUGAGCGAAAAACGAUCUCUUCACCUGUGGAGUCGCGUGACGGAGGGACAGGACUAGCGAAAGCAGCUGCUGCGUCGAAGGCGUCUGCAGCCGGCACGGCACAGUGGUGGUCCAUCUAUCUGGAAGUGCUGUGUCGAAGCUUCUCUGCGUUGGCGUGA